GCCGUCGGCGUUGGCGGUGACGUCACCCCGCCCGCGGCCUGGCGCGGGGCGCGCGGGGGGCGGCGCCAGCGGCAGCGCCAGGCGGCGGCGGCGGCGGCUCCGGGCGGCGGCGGCUCCGGGCGGCGGCGCCAUGUUUCAGACCUUGUACAGCUACUUCUGGUGGGAGCGGCUCUGGCUGCCGGCAAACCUCACCUGGGCCGACCUAGAGGACCGCGAUGGGCGAGUCUACGCCAAAGCCUCCGACCUCUACAUCACCAUCCCCUUGGCCUUCCUCUUCCUCGUCGUCCGGCACCUCUUCGAGACGUAUGUGGCCACCCCCUUGGCCGGGCUGUUGAAUGUCAAGGAGAAGAUCAGGUUAAAAGCCACCCCCAACGCCGUGCUGGAGAAGUUUUACGUGGCCACCACCAAGCACCCCAAGCAGGCUGACGUGGAGAUGCUCUCGAAGAAGAGCGGCUGCACAGUGCGGCAGGUGGAGCGUUGGUUCCGCCGCCGGCGCAACCAGGACCGGCCCAGCCUGCUCAAGAAGUUCAGAGAGGCCAGUUGGCGAUUCACGUUUUACCUUAUUGCUUUCAUUGCUGGCAUGGCUGUCAUAGUAGAUAAGCCCUGGUUCUACGACCUCCGGGAGGUGUGGAAGGGAUACCCCAUCCAGAGCAUGCUGCCCUCCCAGUACUGGUACUACAUGAUCGAGCUCUCCUUCUACUGGUCGCUGCUCUUCAGCAUCGCCUCCGACGUCAAGCGCAAGGACUUCAAAGAGCAAAUCAUCCACCACGUGGCCACCAUCAUCCUCAUCAGCUUCUCCUGGUUCGCCAACUACAUCCGCGCGGGGACCCUCAUCAUGGCCCUGCACGACUCCGCCGACUACCUGCUGGAGUCCGCCAAGAUGUUCAACUACGCCGGCUGGAGGAACACCUGUAACAACAUCUUCAUCGUCUUUGCUGCCGUCUUCAUCAUCACCCGCCUGGUCAUCCUGCCCUUCUGGAUCAUGCACUGUACGGUGGUUUAUCCACUGGAUCUCUACCCUGCCUUCUUUGGCUACUACUUCUUCAACUUCAUGAUGGUGGUGCUGCAGUCGCUGCACAUCUUCUGGGCCUACCUCAUCAUCCGCAUGGCCCAGAAGUUCAUAACUGGAAAGGUGGUGGAGGACGAGAGGAGCGACCGCGAAGAGACGGACGACACGGAGGAGGAGGAGGAGGCGGCGAAGAACGGGCCCCUCUCCAACGGCCACCCCGUCCUCAACAACAACCACCGCAAAACCGACUGAGCGCCCUCGCCCCGUGGCUGCGCGGCCGGCCCUGGCUGGCAGGGGCGGCCGGGGGCCUGCAGGAGGCCAAACCCGUGAGACGUCAACUCCCACCCUGCCACCGUCACGUAGCGCCAAGGUCCCCGUCCCCUCUCCGUGCCCUCCCUCGUCUCCCCUCCCUGGUCCGGCCGAGCAAACCGGGACCCGCGGAGAGCCCGUCUCGCCCGCCCGCUCCCCUCCGAGGGGGCCGCAGCUCCGGGGACGGCAGCGCUCGCUGCUUCUCCGUGUCACGCUCACUGUUCGUGCCCUUUCUGCCUUUCACCCACUGCCUUAAUCCGCUGUGGUGCCAGCACGCCCCGGGGCAGGCGGAGCGGGGACCGCUCCCCUCCGGGACGGAUCCUUCCCCUCCCCGCGGCGGAGAGCUCGGCUCCAGCCCCGCGGCGGGCUCGAGCCCUGGGUUAUCUCCCCUUCCCCUCGCCGGAGGGGAGCCCGGCCCACGGCGGGCCUUUGCGCCUCUUCCCGGUGCCAACCCCGCGCGAGAAGGGUUCGGAAAAGCCCCUUCCCUCUCCGGCUUCGCUGCCGGCGCUGAGCGAGGGAGGAUCGAGGUUUGCUGGGGGGGAUCGUACGGGCUGGCGCAGUCCGGGCUCCGCCGCCCUCGGCGAUCCGCGAGGAGGGAGCAGAUGAAGUAGUCCUGGGUGUUUUAGUGGCUGAAGUAUUAGACAACACUAUGGAGUACUCGGGGGAAGGAAGCUGUAGGGUUUAGUCACUACUAGCGUCUCGCGGAGGAGUUUAAUCCCCUCGUUUCCUUUUCUGUAAAUGGAUUUCGAUUGCCUUGAGUCUGUCCCUCUCCGUGGCCUCUCCCGGUCCCCUCCCCAGCUGUAACAGGACAACUUUGCGACUGAUUUUUGUUUCUAUUUAUUUGGAAGAUAGAAGGAGCCGGGCCUGGCUAUGCCUCCCGCAUCCGCCCAUCCGCAGGGCGAAGCUGGACGUAGCGAGAUCUCCCAGUGCAGAGGGGUGGGGGGAAAAGGACCAUUAACCAAUGUCAGACCAAAAUGUGUUUUGUUGUUUUUGUUUUUUAAAAAAAAAAAAGUUAAAUAUAUUAAAAGUUAAAAAAACUAAUAAACUUCGGUAAAAAUGG